CGCGCUGGCGGCGGUGGAGUUGCUCGUCGCUGUUUCGCUCGAGCCGCUAGCGCCGCUGGCCCGAGUCGUUAGUUCCAGUAACCUGGUUCCUCGCUGCCGCCGCUGGAUCGACGUCGGCGGGGCUUCUUUCUCGCCCGCCGACGCCGCGGCGAGGACGCAUGCCCGCCGGGGCUUCGUCUUCCACGGCCGACUGCGUGCCGGCGUACUGCGCGCCGCGCGUGAACUGGCGCCGUGAUGGCACCGCCGGCCCAGCCGCUGACUAGUCGCGCCUUCCUGGUGUGUGUGUGUGUGUGAGCGUGUGCCUUCCACUUGGGUAGCCCAGCCGCGGCUCCCCGAGUACCGUUACCCGCCGUUCAGCCGUGCCCCGAAGUCUGGCCAUUUGACUUGGAUGCGUCGAUUGCCGUUCCCGUAAAUUCGGCGUCGUCCGUGACUUGCGACCUGAACAUCGCGGCGAAGACAGUAGCCGACGCUGACGUCGCCAUCGGUUUUGGGUGAAGCGCAUCCUCGGGAGAAGCUCGUCCCGCGUCAGACACGCACGCGCCCUGGCGCGCGGAUGUUGGCACUGCCACCGACUGCGCCGUUGGAACCGAGCGUCGUCGUUCAGCGUCCCGAGGCCAGCUGACUUCCGCCGCGCAUAAAACGCCCGCGAGCGCUCGCCCUCUCUCGCGCGUUGUGUGUGUGUGCGUCUGCGCGCAGCGCGGUGGCGCACGAGCUGUUGCUGCUGUCGCGGCGACCGGCGCUCGUUUGUCCGUGCGCGAGUCCGCGUGUGCUGUGUGUGUCGUCGUGUCCCCGCUUGACGUGCGGUCAGAGUGUGGCGUCGCGCCAAAGGCAUCGAACCCUCAGCGUCCAGGUGUGCACUGCACCGAAGACGUCGGGACUGUUUCGGAGGCGCGGCGUGACGCGCCCCUUCUGCCUGUUUGCGCUUGGCGGGCUCGUCACCUGUUUUCUUCUUUUUGUCGGCCGCGGAGCAGCUGACAGCCCUCGCGCGUCAAGUGUGGUGUAGCGAAACGGCGGCCCCAUUUCUGUGUGCGUGCACACAGCCGCUGGGGUUCGCGCUGCCUCGGCUCCGUAUAGGACGAAGCGGUGGCGGCGGCUGCCGAAAGUUUCGUACAAGUCUGCGCGUAUACUCGCUGGCAAUGGACUCAUUGGCCGAGUGGAGGCUUAAACUGCGGGGACGUACCUCAACAAUUUGCCGCUGCCUUCCGUGACACCGUCGUCUCAGAGCUUGCAAUUUAGCAUCGAGGAGAUGUACACGUCGCCUUGCCUCUUAUCCUGAAGCCGUUAGUGCAAGAACGAAACUUUGCGAAUACACGCCGUCGCCUCCUUAUCUGCGAUCGCGCGUUGUUGGGAGCUGUCAACCUCUCCUCUGUCAUCGCUAUAUAGCAUUCAUUUCUCUAGUGCCUAACUCCUCCUGCUGGCAGAAGUUCCCACACAGAGUUGGAACAGAGCUCGCAGUAUAAGCUCAACAAGUUCAAAAUCGACCGCGACGCGCACUCUUCCUUUCCCGGAAUCGGAUACGACGGCGAUCGGUGUCGGCUUCGGCCGCCGCUUAUGAUGUUCUCUGCGCUCCCUCUCUCGGGAAGGAGGCCGUACGAGAGCAGUAGCGAUACGGCCAGACGGUGAGGAAUGGCGGUCUUUGCUGGUGUUCUUUUUUUCUCGCGCGCGGGAGGAAACCGGCAGGAGAAAAACUAGACGCUCCUGGAAGCUUCCGUUUGCGACCGUGUGUGUGUGUAUGUGCACGUAGUCUAGCUCUACUGCUCUAGACUGCCCGUCCACAGCCGCCGCCGCCGACUCCUGGCCGACGGGCCGGAAGCGGGCGGAGAGGCGUACUCAGUGGAGCAAUAGACGGGCACGAAAGAAGAAUCCCCAAGCGCAACGGUCGUCGCGAAACGCGAUCUGCACCACCUUCUCUGCAGAGAAGAGGGACGGACCGACGAUCAGAAAGGAAGACAGCGCCGAGAGAGAGAAGCGCGCUCCGUGCCGUAUCCCCCUUCCCGGCUUGCGACCUACCGUUCUUGGAGCCUCCCUUAUCGAACUGUCCGCGCGAGAAAGAAGUAAAACCUAGCCGUCUCUUCAAGUGGCCCUUCUCUGCAUGCAGCGGCAGCGGUGCGUGGUUUCGGCCGAGCAGUGCUUUCAGCCGUAACGUGUCGACGACGGACGACCUGUGGCGGCGACUGGACGGACGUCCUCUCUCUCCUCUCUGCCGCCGCCGCCGCCUCAUCGCCGCGUGUGAUUGAUAAGCGCGGUCGACCGCCGCCGCCUAAAGUGGGCGGGUUCCGCUACGGGCGCCGCCGUGUGUGCUUGCUGUGGCGACGACGCACCGACGCGCGGUCGCGCAUACCUAUCUUCGCGUCUCACCGGUCUGUCGCGGAUGCACGGUACUCCUUUGCGCUAACCACCUGCCCUGCGCGCUGCCACACGAUCCACCGUUGCCCGAGCCCGGCCCGGCGCUCGCGCACUGCAUAUACCGUCGCGGGUGUCAGGUGCGAGCAAGAGUCCACGGGCUCUCGACAAGUCCCCUGUUUCCAGGCUCGCGCUUCUCUCGCUGAGCGGGAGCGUUCCCGUGGCCACUCGGUUGACGAGGCAGGGGUGAGGUGACGCCGUGCGGACUUCUUUCGCUUCGAAGACCCCAUUGGGGGCCCAUUACCCCGCUCUCCCGCCGUUGCACCUUCUUGAAGAGGAACGCUUUGAACGGACCUGAUCGCAGCCCGUUUGAUUCACGCUGAACAGUGUAUUGUCGUGAGGCCUGCCAUUCCGAACUUAGCUCCUAUUCGUUUGGCUCGGCGCAACCUCUUGUGGCACCGAGGGCUUUAAUUGGGGAGAGCGAUUCUCACCUUUUCUGUGCGAGCGUGCUCCGAAAACGACAUCAAGAGUGACCGAGAGAAGUUGGACGGACAUCGGAUCUUCUUUGUCUAGAAGGUCUGACCUGGAUCUAUAUUGUUCGCGCGGUCGUCGCAGCCGUCAUCGCACGUGUGCUUCGAGUGCUUCGCCUGCAGGGGUAAGUCCCCGCCUUGGAGCUACAGCUCAUCGCGGAGACGGCGAAAUCGCUCAUUGUCCUCGAAGUGCGGCGUCGCGCUGCCCUGCUCUUCUUCUUCGCCGCGAACUCUUCAUCCCUGGAGGCAGCUCGGCGGGCGUCGCAGUUUUGUUCGCCACACCGUGCGAGCAGCGAAGCACUGCCUGUGUGCAGUGCACGCGUGGGCGUCAACCCUCUUCGGACCCCGUCGCCUCCUAGAUCGCCUCCGUCACCUUGUGCCUCGGAGUAUCGUUUCUCCCUUCUUUCGUUUAUUUUCCCCCCGUUUUGCGUAUUUAGCGCCACUGUUCUCAUUCUCCGCUGUGAUUGCGGUAGCCGGCUCUUGCUGUACUGCCGCGAGCGCUGCUGUGCGAACCGGAGUGAGGGAACCGCGUUCCCACAGGCCCCUAGCCGGAGUCGCGUCUCUUUGUGCGUGGGUGUUGUGCUGGUACGCUUCGUGGUAAUAUGGUGACGGUGCGGUGAGCGUGCGGGACCCGUCCGAAGCCAUGUCUGAGCUGGUGGCCAGGGCCGCGAAGAUCGCGGCGGGAUGCCUGACUCGCCGCUCCAAGCGCUACGAUUUGGCCAAGGUGCACGCCAGGGGAUGCAUCGCAGCCGCAGCCGCUCCUCAGCCUCAAGACACCUGGGUUACUGUACAUAAUGUUAAAAGCUGUAAUGAUGGGGGAAUCUUGGACCUUGAUGACCACCUCAAUGAUGUCGUCGAUGACAGAGAACAAAUCAUAGCCGUGUUUGAGGAGCACUCAUCUCCUUGCCCAACCCACAAUGCUGGCGAUGGGACCAGUGCUAGUUCUGUGGGCACUGAGAGCCCCGACAUCUUCCACUGCAAUGAGUUGAACCACAAUGGUGGGGUCAAGGGGGGUUCCAGCUAUGUGGACGUGGAAGAAAUCACUGCUGACAAGCUUCCAGUGGGCGUCGCUCCUCUUCAGGUACGAAGGGGCAGUGAGCCGACGCUGAAUCGUCUUUCACCAGUUUCGUGUGAACUUGAUCCCAGCAAGAGGUGGUCAGCUGCUGUUGUUGUGGAUGACCUCUCACUUACCCGAGGAGUAAAGGAGAAUGGCAGCCUCUCAGACAAUGAGCAGCAGCCUCCUCCCCCACCUGGUGAGAGGGGUGAGGGAAGUGGCGGCGAAGAAAAGUCUACUGCAGGGACGCUGUCGCGCAUUUCGCGGGGCUCUGGACGACUAUCCAUGCUGGGCAAUAACCCCCACAUGCUUCGGUGGGCAGAGGCAGCUGACCGGCAGCUCUACAAGUUUCAAGACAGCAGGAAAGAACCGCUGGGCAGUGCUGGCUCUUCUCCUGACAGGGACAGUGCUGCUUCAUCAGGGAGCAGCCAUGAGGAAAGGGACUCCAUAGUUGUACUCAAGAAUGAGGCCGGUCCAUUGGGCAUCCAUGUAGUUCCAGAGCAAGGCAGUGGGGGAAGGGACAUGGGCCUGGUGAUCCAGGGCAUUGAGCCUGGUGGCCGGAUAGACCGAGAUGGCCGGCUGCGGGUCGGUGACACCAUUGUGGAAGUGAAUGGCAGGAGCCUCCUGAACCUGAGCUUCCAGGCUGCACAACAAGUGUUCAAGGAGGCGCUGCAGUCCCCAGAAAUCUGUUUGCACCUGUCGCGGCGUAGGCCAACUCAUUCAGGUUCCUCUCCUAUGUCGUCGCCUCCUCCACCUCUGCCCCUGUCACUGCCUCCAUCAUUAUCAUCAACACUAAGUGGCAGUGAUGCGGGCUCUUCUCUCACAUCCUCAACGCAAAGUCCACCUAAGCGGCCUCCCCCACCUCCAUCUUCCUUCCGCAAGGACCCAGCUGAAGAGCUCAACAAUGGCUCCGUCAACGGUCUCGUUGAGGGAGAAGAAAGGAGUGGUCUCAACAGUAAGGUGGCAACAGUGACACCAACAAAAAAGCUUCCGCCACCGCCACCUAAUGCCGCUGCCAAUGGUAGGUCAACCAGUUCAUGCCUGAAUGUGGCCAACACGCGUAAGAUCGGCCGCAAGGUGCACAUCAAGUUGGUCAAGGGGCCCGAAGGUUUGGGCUUCAGUGUCACGACACGGGACAACCCAGCCGGUGGGAACUGCCCCAUCUAUAUCAAGAACAUCUUGCCUCGAGGAGCAGCCAUUGAUGAUGGCCGGCUUAGGCCAGGUGACCGGUUACUUGAGGUGAAUGGCGUAGAAAUGACAGGCCGGUCACAAACUGAUGCUGUCACAAUCUUGAGAAAUGCACCACCUGGCAGCACUGUGGAAUUGGUGGUAUCUAGGCAGGAACCGGAUCCUUCACCUAGCCCUGGCCUUCCACGGGAAAUUCCCCCUGAAAAGGCUGGCGAUGAAGUUGGCAUUUUCCCCUGGCGUCAGAAGGAAAUCCUGACACUUGACAUUCCGCUCAACGACACGGGCUCAGCUGGUCUUGGUGUAAGUGUGAAGGGCAAGACAUCGACUGGCGCCAGCUCCCCUGUUGACCUGGGCAUCUUCGUGAAAUCGGUGAUCCACGGCGGGGCUGCGUCUAAGGAUGGCCGUUUACGCACUAAUGAUCAGCUACUCAACAUCAAUGGGAUCUCACUCCUGGGCAUGACGAACAGCCAAGCCAUGGAGACACUACGGCGUGCCAUGACUCAAGGCGAAGGGCCUAACCCAAAUGCCAUCACCCUCACCAUAGCUCGUAGGGUGCCCUCGCAAGACGUUGCCGAGAACCUCAGGUUCGAGGAGGGCUUCCUUUCCAGCGGGGACUCAUUCUCGGUGCACCUGCGAUCAGACUCGCUGCUCAGCUCAGACUCAACGGCCGCCUCCUCAUCUUGUGAAAACCUCUCAGUCUCGGGGGGCAGUGGUCGCACACCAGACCAUUCCACAAGCGGCAACUCUGAAAACACUGUGGUCUAUGUGCCUAAGCAGCCACCUCCACCUCCUGUGCAUGAAUAUGGCUAUGGAAGGAACCCCGUGCUGGAGCGGCUUAUGGGCCAGAAUUCUGGCACAUUGCCAUCCAACCUUCGCAACGAGUCAUACCUUCGUGCCAGUCAUGACAGUUGGGCAGCUGAGCGGUACAGCAGGCACCACACGGCACCUCGCACCGCACCUAAUCACCGGCCCACUCCGCUGUCCCCCAAUACCAGCCGAGGGUCUGCAGACACGGUGCAAAUAGAGGAUGACUACCCAUCCUCUUUGCGGGGUGAGGACACCUCUGUUCCACCCAUGACACCUGUUGAAGAGGAAGCCCCAACACCCAGUCUUGGUCACGAUAGCAACAAUCUCAAUCAGAGCGAGUUGUCCUUGGUAGACGGUGGCAUCUUCUGCCGAGAUGGUUUUGGCCGGCAGAGCAUCUCUGAGAAAAGGCACGCCCACUUGGAUGCUCGUAAUACGGACACCUACAAGCGCAACAAGCGGACGCGAGAAGAGCAGGACAAGGCAAAUGCUCGGCAGCAGCAGACAGAGGUCAAGACAUCUAUUUCACCCCCGACAAUCGGCAAUGGGUCACAUCGAGAUGGAGCUGAUCCCCGGCGGCCUACAGCACUAAAUGGGAAAGAGCAGCAGAACGGCAACCUGAUGCGGUCCAACUCGGCAGAUUCCCUCUUGAGUCAUUCCAGGUCACAUGGCCCUCCUGAAUCUACAUAUCUAGUCAAAUGUCAGCAAGUGAGCAAGGUGCAUAGGAAUCACUUGUUCUUCUAUCCAGCUUGCUGCUUUAUGGUGAAUGGCGACUCGCCAAGCACUGAUGCGAGCUGCCAAACGACCAACACAACGGUGACCAAGAGCAACCACAGCGGCAGUGGCAAUGGCACAGCGCAGCUUGUCGGUCCUUCGUUGGGCAUGCGCAAGUCGAGCAGCCUCGAGAGUCUCCAGACACUCAUGGUUCAGGGGCCAGAUGGCACCCAUGUGGCUUCCACGUCACAGAAUCCACGGCAAGAGCGUGGUGCUAGAGGUUGCAACGAGAGCUUCCGUGCGGCAGUCGAUCGUUCUUACGAUGGACCAAGCACCGCAGGGGCACAGAAUUCCGCUGACCAGAUGGAGACAUUGGAGGAGGAAAAGGAGAGUGAGACUGGCAGUGCAACAAGUGGCGAGCAUCGAGGCGGUUGCCCAUUGCAUUCGGUCACGGUGCCACUGGAUGCCCGUGAAGCUGCUGCCUAUGCCAGCAAAGAUACAGCUUCCGCUAAGCCAACACAGCGAAAGAAAGGGUUGCUCAAAGGCCUUGGCAGUGUGUUCAGUAGGUUCGGCAAGAACCGCAAGACAAUUCCAGAGCCAGGCUCCAAGCUCUCCCGAGAAGAACUUGAGCAAGAGGCAGAGCGUCUGCGAGCUAGGCAAGCAGCGCGUGAUGAGCAAGAGCGUAUUCAAGAGCAGUACAGGAAGCUGCUGGAGCAGCAGCAACAGCAGCAGCAGCAAGAGCAACAGCAGCAGCAGCAGCGACAGCAGCAGCAGCACAUGCAGCCUUCUCACCAGCCACCAUUGCCACCCCUGCCAACACAGCAGCAACAGCAGUACCAGCAGCAACAGCACCAUCACUUUCAAAAUCAGCGAGGGCCUGUGCAACAUCAGCAGCCCUCACCCUCGGUAUCCUCGCCGCCACCAUGUCCAAGCAGAAGCACACCAACCUCCACAAGUGCAGCAUCACGUCAGGAACGCAUGCAGCUGUUGCGAGCCCAGCACCAGAAGCGGCAUGUGGAGCGGCAGGGCCACUAUCCGCGUGACGACCUCGAAGAGUGGUAUGAGAAAGACCUGCAACACAAGAUGCGCAGCCCUGUGCCACCGCAAGGCCGUCCUCUGCCGCCUGUGCCUCAUGCCUUGCUGCCACCUGCCUAUGGCACUUGCGGCUAUGCUCAGAGGGCAAUCCCUAAGGUUUGCAGUCCUCACAGAAACACAUCAUUUGGUCGAUCUUUUAGUCUGAGAACAUCGCGUGGUCUUCAGAGACGAGAUAGUGAUGUUGUCCACUCAAGGUCACAAAGUUUUGACAUAUUUAAGGAAAUGGAACGGCCAGGAAGCCGGGUUGGACUUGUAGACCCCACCCAGUACAGCCACUAUGUUAACUUUAACGAGAUCCAGCUACACCUCCGGCAGUUCCAGCAGAAGCAGCAGCAGCAGCCGCAGCAGCAGCAGCAGCAGCAGCAGCAGGUCUCCUCACAGUCUCGAGAUCCCACCUGCAGCAGUUCAUCACAGCCAGCACCCCCACCACCAAUGUCCAAUCGGUCUCGCCCGGAACGCCCGUCAUCAAACUACUUUGAGUACGAGACUGUCCAGGGUGUUCCUCCAAAGCCCCAAAAGGAAAGGAAUGGCAUGGGUCCAACAGAGUCCAAUUCACUUCCACGGCACGCACACGUGGCUGGGCAUCGCAUGGUGUACGCCAAAACGGUCCCAAUGCAACAGACAAUGCUGCCCACCCAUAGUGCUCUUGGCAGUGGCAGUGUAGGAGUGAUGAUCAAGACUGUUCCGCGGGCACACCUCCAAACGAUGGCUGGCUACAGGCAUUCUCCAAACCAUUUGUCACAGGUCUACGGUAUCACAUCACGUCAUGACAUUGGUCAGCAGAUGCCUGGCUCCAAAGUAUGAAUGAACCAUUGCAGUGCUCUGCCUUGUUGCUUCUUAAAAAUUUUUUUCAUUAUUGUGUUGUACGAACACUGAGAUGCAUGUGUGUAUAGCGUUGACAUUGAUUUCCACCAGUACCUCAAAGAUGGAACGUGUCUGUUUCAUGCAUGAAGCAGUGUAGGAUGUGGUUGUUUGGACCAGGAGAGUCAUCCGUCCAAGCUCGGUACUGCUGUUGCUUGCCUUAUGGGCUUGCCCAAGAUCAUUUCUCUCUCCUUUCUUUUUUUUUCGCGUGCAUUGCUAUGUUGCAAGCUGCACUGAGUAUGACAUUAAAGAAAAGUGUGCCAUUUUUAUGCAAGGUAGUGACAAUAAAAUGCAGAACUGAAACGGAGCGCCACUACCCCUGCCAUGUGUCCAAUGCUGUUUUGUGUAGUGCAGACAUGAGUGCAGCUGAUUGUGUUUUUAGAAUGCAAUUUUGUAUUGUUGUGGAAGCAAUGCAUAGUGUGUUAUAAGGAAAUUGUUGCGUUUACGCACCAUGAAAGAAGCUCUUACUUUUUUUUUUACUAACAAACAGGAACAAAAGAAUGUGCAGGUGCCUUGCUGACUCUGGGUUAUUUGUAAGAAUGUUUUCAUCUUCGUAAUUGUGUGGAGUUUGAUGAGAUCAUGUAACUCAUGACCUUACAUUUGCUAUGAUGGGAGGAAACUUGCGUUGAGUUCUCAUACAUUGCUGGUGUUUGAUUUGUUCACUGGCUUGUUUCAUGUAUUUACACAUUCAUUAUUUUUCCCAUCAAGAAAAAUGUGCAUUGUAAGUGCUCGCUAAAUCGUCACCUUUUUCUUUCAUGAAACCCUGUUUUUUUUUUCUUAGUCCAUUGUACAUAUGUUUCUCUUUUUUCUUUAUAUAAUGAGAUUUUCUUUCUCUUUGUUUUUUUUUUCUUUUUAAUUGAAUGUGACAGUGUGGCUUAUGACAGUGUAAUCUUGCCUUAGCACAUGUCUUCGCACCCUUUAUACAAGGUUGUGCAGCAGGAUCGUUCAUUCCUGUUUUUCUUGUAUCUUGUAAAAUUUUUGUAUGACAGUUUAUAUAUAAAUGAGAAAACAUCUUUUUAGGACAAGCCUUUGUAAGUCUGAUUCUACACUCAUUUCUCCACUUGAACAUACAGAAUAAAGAGAAAUGUACAGUUGA